UCUCUCUAUCUCCCUAUCAAAGCCCUCCAGCCGAACACAUUCAUUAAAAUAGCUUUGUCCGUCCGUAGAAAAGACGAGCUGAUUAGCAUAGCGGCCGCAUGUUGCUGUGUUGCCUGGGCUUUGCUGCGAGUCCCUGCACACGGCGCCACACAAACCAACACUCUGUGGACACACACUUGCGUCUCUCUCUUUCUCACACACGGACACAAACUGCUGGCUUGUGUCACUGUAGCGCUGGCUCGCCGGUGAAGCGGCAGUGGAAGUGCGGGCGGUCUGCUUGGGCUGAGGAGCGGGGAGCCUCGGAGAGGAGACGGAGAGGAGACGGAGAGGAGAAUGGGAGUCCGCCGUGGGCAGUGAAAAUACUUCUUUUUCAAAGACAGAGGCAAUGGCCACUGUCUAGCGGCAUACCAUUAACACUUCUCGGCACAGAUUUUUGUGUAAGGUGCCUGCGUCCAGCUAAGAGGAGACAAACAGAGAAGAUACAAUGAGGAAUAUAGGGGACAAAGACCUGCAGAAGACCAGCACCUACAUCGUUCCCUGCUUCCUAUUGGUGGAGCUGGUGAUCAUGGCCGGGACGGUUCUCCUGGCGUACUACUUUGAGUACACAGACACGUUCCCCGUCCACAUCCAGGGCUUCUUCUGUUUCGACAAGAGCUUCUCCAAACCGUACCCGGGACCCGAGGACGACAGCAAGGCUCCUCCGGUGCUAGUGUACUCCCUGGUCACCGCUAUCCCAACCGUCACGAUUCUGAUAGGGGAGGUGACCACGUUCUUUGUGAAAGCCGACGGAGCUCAGGAGAAGACCAUCGUGACUGCUGACUGCUGUUACUUCAACCCCCUCCUCCGUCGGAUCGUACGGUUCCUGGGCGUCUACUCCUUCGGCCUCUUCGCCACCACCAUCUUCGCCAACGCCGGCCAGGUGGUGACGGGAAACCAGACCCCCCACUUCCUGUCGGCGUGCCGGCCCAACUACACCGCCCUGGGUUGCCGAUCCUCCAUGCAGUACAUCACCGAGCGUCGAGCCUGCACCGGGAACCCCUAUCUGGUGGCGUCUGCCCGUAAAUCCUUCCCAUCCAAGGACGCCGCGCUCAGUGUGUACUCGGCCGUCUACACAGUGAUGUACGUGACGCUGGUGUUCCGGACCAAGGGCACGCGGCUGACCAAACCCACCCUGUCCCUCACCCUGUUGUCCCUGGCGGUCCUGGUGGGGGUGGUGAGGGUCACGGAGUACCGGAACCACUGGGCCGACGUACUGGCUGGAUAUCUGACCGGAGGGGCCAUAGCUGGCUUCUUGGUAACAUGCGUGAUCAACAACUUCCGACAGACAGCGUCACCCCUCCUCCCUGUGCCCCCCCAGCGUCCUGAGCCCUCCCUGGGCAUGCCCCUGUCCACCCUGCCGCGUGUGGAGAGUCCACUUGAAAAGUUAAGUGGCCCUCAGACUCCAGGACUACCGUACUCUGAGAUCACAUGACCAUCAACCACAACCAUGCCCCGCCCCUCCCGAUGUGCUACCCCCCUCGCGGCGAUCCAUCUCCAGAGAAGUCUAGACCUGCCCUACAGCCCCGGACAGCACGCCCCCUGUCCCGCCCAUCCAAAGGGACGGCCCCCUCUUCGACGCUCAUUCUCCACCCAGGUCUAGAACCCACCUGGAAGUGAGAACCUAUAGAACCCAGAAUCACCCAGCUGUAUUCAUUAGGAACCAAAUGAGAGAAACCCAACUCAGACAGGGAGGGGCUACCUGAACUUGGCUUGCUACAAAACAUUUUGACACAGUUUGCAGUAAUGAACAUGACCCUAAACACUGAUCCAGGGUCUGUAUGUACAAUAUCUGUUCUCCCCGUGGGGGAGGGUUUAUGUGUAAUGGAUGGUAGUAAUGGAAAUCUGAUCAUAGACCUGUUCAAUUAUUUCAAGUCAGCUGACGUCAUUACGUCCUGGGGAUGCGUAUAGGCAGAAUCACAAGCUCUCUGACCUAGGACAAUGACAUCAGUGGUUAAAUGGCAAAUUCCACCUCAAGCCUCUAACGUCUCCAUCCCCAUGGAGACGACCCCGAAGACACCCGUGGUGAUUGGCUGAGUCGCUCUCUUCGUACUAAACAGAUUUGAUCGGAGAUGGCAUCCCACCCCGCCGUCUGUCUCGGCCUUCUCUCUGAGUUCUACCCAGAAGGCCGAGGGGCGUACGUAUACAACCUCACCAGAGCCAACACGACUAAGAGCUGUGGAAACAACGCUGUACCUUUAUCCUCGCUACAUUUCAGCGGUUUCUUUUCUUCAUUUCCUCUUUCGGGUCAUCUCCUUUCUCUGUUCUAGUUUCAUGUACAAAACAGAGAACUCUAAUGUGAUUCAAAGACCAAGAUAAAGGGGAUGAAACACAAACACAGGAGACAGAUCAGCAGCCUUUAGUGGCUGUCGGCAUCAAUGGAGCAGUUUGUGAAACUCAGGAAAAUAUCCCUAAGACAAAGGAAUAAGAACAUUUAAAAAGAUUUGAAGGGGAUUUUUAAAUGAUAUUAGACGAUGAUCUUUUGUAAAUGAUGGUAAUGGGGAAGAUCAGCUAAUAGAGAUUACAUGCUUAUAUAUGAUUAUAUAUGUUGUGUAUUUCGGGGGAAUAUUUACGUUAGAUAAAUACUAGUCUUUCCUGUGCUGUUUCAGAGGGAUUGUGUAGCUUUACACUGUAGUUCUGUGGUGUUGUUUUCCUACAUGUGAUGAGGCCUGCCGUUCAACUGACCACCAACACAUUACUAUAAUACACUAGUACUGGUGUUGUAAUGAGACAAGACAUAAACGCUCUGAAUACCCACAUCAUCCGCUGCCCAGCAGUCUGGACAUUCUCCUACAGGGCGGUUCAUCACUCUUCAAAUGGACUUCGACUCGUUCAGGUGUUCUUUGCUUAGUAUGGAUUUUUACAUUCGUGCCCCCAACUUAUUUGUGGUCCACUCGUUGAUUUAGCAUGGCAGUUUGGUUGGUAUUACGUGCGUGUGCAGACACUGUGAUCACCUUUUCCUGUCGUCCCCGUCCUGGUCACGGUCGACUUCCUAACCUCUGGCUCCUCUUCUUCUUCAAACCCUUCUUCUGUUCCACCGUGCUGUUCCAUUUCUCAUCUGGGUCCAUUGCUCUGUCCUUUUUUGGUUCAUCCAUUAUCCAUCCGUAUAUCCUGAAUCCAUCCAUUCAUCUUUCCAUACAUCCAUCCGCCCAACAUCCGUUCCCCUUUCUUCCUCCAGUCCAGUUAAAACACUGAAACAAGUGUGAAUGUCUUUGUAAACGUUAUAGUUUUCGCUCUGUAUUGGAGUUUGUUACUUCAAUCAUGCCAACAACAGCUUCAAACUACCUGAAACUGUCCGGUAUAAGAGCAAGAGUAGCAUCACCCUUUAGCUUGAUUGUAGCAUAAAGCUUGAGCUGCGUUACACACACACACACACACACACACACACGUUGUACAAUCAGUGACUUGACCUCAAGGACGGGUCAGUGCAAAACAUUGUAACUAUUUAUUUGUUGAAAAACACUUUUUGGUGUCACUGGUUGUCAUUUACAAUAUUCCUUCCUACCAUAACUGAGCAGUUAAAAUCUGUCCUGCUUCAAUCCUUCAGAGGACACCUUACAAUGAGAUCUUGACAAUGCCGCUCAUAAAAGAAGGUACACAGGAAGUAGAUGAAUAGCUCAUUUUCCUGCCCACAUUUUAUAAUGUACAGAAAAUAUCUCAAAGAAAGAAACAAAGGCCAUUCGUGAAUUAAUCGUUUAAGAAAUAACCGUUUUUCAUGCCAGGAUGAAUCCUCUCAUUCCUCUGUUUUGUAAAGAUUUGUCAGAAAGAAUAAAAGCCUAUUGUCAUACCAAGGCUGAAAA